AUGGAUAUCAAAACUUUGCUAGAUAAUCUUCAUGAACAGGUUUCUUGUUCUUUGUGUAUGUGCAAGUUCACAGACCCAAAACAGUUGCCUUGCUUGCACAGCUUUUGCCUUCACUGCCUGAAUGGGAUUCAACGAACGAGUGCCGGCCCCAAUGUGAUUGCGUGCCCUGAAUGCAGACAGGAAUUCAGGGUCCCUGGGAAUGGAAACCUGCAAGAUUUGCCGACAAACUUUCGUAUUAACCGUCUACUCGAUGUUUUGGCCAUAAAAGAGUGCAAUACAAGCGGUGUGAAGUGUGGAAAUUGCGACAAAAAGAGCGAACACAGCUUUUAUUGUUUCCAGUGUUGUGCAUGCUGGUGUGAUGACUGUAUCGGUUUUCACAAUGGCAUCAGAGCCAAUAAA